AUGCAAGUUAUUAACAUGCUUUCCUUUGCGGUCCUUUUCGCCCUGAGAGCUACAGCUGUCCCUAUGCCAUUAACCACCGGCGUCCAAUGCUCUCACACCAAACCCGAAGGUCUUACGAUUCCUCAAGUUGAAACCCUUUACAAAAGUCACCAAAAGCGCCAGACUUACUGGCUGUGCCGUGCGUGUAACGAGCAAUUCAAAACUCGAGCUCAAUUACAAAGGCACAAAGAUACCGUGGUACACCCUUGA